UCUAAAGAUAUUUCAUCAUUCCUCUCAUCUUAAUUCUUUCUCACUCUCUCUAAGCAUGAAAUCCAUAGAAGUAUUCUGCGCCUCCCCGGCUUCCACAGCAAUAUGCUCGAGCACGGACCACCGCACCAUAAUCCGGCACGGAAUGAGAUCGGUCCACCGCCUCGGAGAAACGCCGCGAAGCAGACGAUCAAACGCCGCUCCCUGCUCCUCCCAUCUCCCCUUGGAACCUUCCGCCAAAGACGACGACGUUUUGCGGCGAAAGAGCUCCGCCGACGUCCACGAUUUAGCCUCCCGCCGCCUGCUCAGCAACAAGCCUUUCCUCGAUUUCAUCUCCGACUCUCAAACCGCCAUCAUUCGUAGCCAGCCCCUCGUCAGGGAUAGCAACGAUAAGCGCUUGAAUCUGGAGUCUUUCCGGUCUCUCUCCGCCGGCCAUCACGAAUCGCCCGUGUUCAAGCCUUCCGCCGCCGGGAAACUCAUCGAUCAUCUCAAUGCUCACAGAUCUUCCCUCACUCCGUCAAAUCGCCAUCAGGUUGUUGAGUUGAGGGUGUCGAUUCAUUGCAAGGGCUGUGAAGGAAAACUCAGAAAACAUAUCUCCAGACUGGAAGGAGUGACAUCAUUUAGCAUAGAUUUGGAGACGAAAAAAGUGACGGUAAUUGGGAGGGUGACGCCUCUAGGUGUGCUGAGUAGCAUUUCAAAGGUGAAGAAUGCCCAAUUUUGGCCAUCUCCGGCGUCGUUGUCAUCAUCGUCGCCACCGUUGCCGUCACCGAGAGUCACUACUCUCAUGUCUCCAAGAGUUAGUCUCACAAGAUAGAUUAGGGGGUAUUAAUUUAAUUCUGUAUUAGGGUUUAUGUUCUGGACUACUAUCAUAUUUUAUUUCACUAAAAUAAGUCUAUGUUUCCCCCUUCAUAUUUGACUGAAUACAUGUUAUAUUUGGUUGUAGUGUGUUGUGAUUGUGAGUGACUCUGUAUAUAGCAAACAGCUUAAUAAUUAUGAUUGCCUAUUAAUUGGCAUUUUCAA